UGCAGCCUCUGCCCACCAUGCUUGGUGAACUCUGCACUUUUUGCAAGCAAACCUAUUUGUCUCAAGGGGACACCCCCUGAGGACAAAAAGUAGACCUCGGGCUUCUCUGCAAACCUCCAGAACUCAGUUGGUCAGAGGAAAGGAGCAGCUGGUGGAUGCUGCUUCCAAGGACAUGAGGAAAACAUCCCCAUCCCGGCCAGGAGGUGCUGUGCAGCGUAAAGGACCACGUGGCCAAGAAUGGAACCACACGCCCCUAACGUAGCAGCUGUUCUUGCAGCCUGAUCUCAGAAGGCUUCUGUAAAACCCAAGGAAGAUCAUGGAAACAAAAGCGGUCAGGAGAGUCUGUGGCAUGACUGCAUUGGGGGUUGAUCGUUAUUCAGAUGAGACAGGACACCUGUGAUGCGAAAAUGCCUUCAUCCCACCAGCACCCAGAAUGGGCAGAAAAAGAGACGACAAUUAGCUAGGAGAAAGAGGAGAAAAGCGAGAGGUGAAGUCCAUUUGCCCAAGGUUAGCACCCAGCCGUUGAGCAGAGACAGAAUGCGGACGCGGGCACUUUACAUUCAGCGAUGUUCUGCCCCUUUCUGGCCCAGCCUUCCUCAAGACGCUUCCACAGAAGACAUCAGGACUUCUGUUCCAGUGCCGCAAUGGAUGUCAUGGCAGAGAGCAUGGCGUCGUGGACAGAGGGAAGGAUAAACCACUGGAGAAAGGGUCGGCAGACCUCCCCCCUCCUCCCUGAUAUUGUGGUCCAGGCAAACCCCCAACAUUCCCUGGUUCCCUGGCUCUGUGACAUCACAGCCUCCUCUCUUCUCUGCCAGUUACAGGAAACAGCCCUGCCCAGGGAACUGGGUUCAAAUUCAAGGUUAGCUGACUCAACAAGGCGCCCCUACAGGCGAAGCUGGCAGAGUAAAGGCUUCAACUUCUUCUCCAUGGCAGCCCACCAAAACUUGGCUUCGAAGAUCUUCUGUUUGUGCUGCAAAGACUGUGAGGACCCCCAGGCCAUGGAUGACCCCAAGGCCCCCAGUGAACCCCAGGAUCAGCAGCCAUCCACCUGCAGUUUGCAGAAGGAGGGGCUGGACAGCAAGAAUUCGAAGCAUGCUAAUGAAGCCUCCCACUCGCCUUUGGGACAACCUCUGAUCCACCCAGAAAAGAGAGCCUCCACCACCAGCAACAAUGAGUAUGAAGAACUGAAUACACACGUCUCCCAAAGAGGUUUCUGCAAGAGAAACCUAAACCGCUACUCCCGGGACCGCUGGUCAUUCCAGCCGUGUCACAUCGGGAGGCCCUGAGCAUUCUAGACCACCGCUCCCACGCGGGCUCCCAGGCUGCGGGCCGCUGGGGU